CUCGGAACCAUCCGGCGUCGGUGGUGUUCCAGGUGCGCCGACGUUGCCCUUUCGACCGGCAGUGUUCCUCGAUCCCCGCCGUCGACCAUGCGCCUCGGCAUCGCGUACGCGCUCGCGGCCUUUAUCAUCUGGGGCUUCUUUCCCAUCUACUGGAAGCAGCUCGACGACAUCUCGGCGCUCCAGCUCGCCAUGCACCGCAUCGUCUGGUCCUUCCUCGCCCUCAGCCUCGUCAUUCUUGGCACUUGCCAAUGGCCCGCGUUCCGAGACGCCGCGCUCACGAAGCGCAACCUGCUCAUCUACACGGUGUCGGCGCUCAUGAUCUUUACCAACUGGCUGCUCUUUGUGUGGGCCGUCAACUCGGGCCACGUCGUCGAGACGAGCCUCGGGUACUUUAUCAACCCGCUCAUCAACGUGCUUCUCGGCGUCGCUUUUCUUAAAGAACGACUCCGGUAUCUGCAGUGGGCAUCGCUCGCUGUGGCGACUGCCGGUGUUCUUGUCGUUGCGCUCGCGUACGGCAAGUUUCCUUGGAUCGCCAUCUGCCUCGCGCUCUCGUUUGGCCUCUACGGCCUCGUGAAGAAGAAGGCGCCGCUCAACUCGCUCUUCGGCCUCACGCUCGAGACCGGCAUCCUCUUCCUCCCGUCCAUGACGUACCUCAUUGCCGUGCAAGCGAAUGGAACUGCGGCCUUUCUCCACGUCAACGCGGUCCAGACGGCGCUCAUGCUCCUGGCGGGCGUCGUGACGAUCAUCCCGCUGCUCUUCUUUUCAUCGGCGGCGCAACGCAUUCCGCUGAGUCUGCUGGGCGUCAUUCAAUACGUGUGUCCGAGUCUGCAGUUUCUCGUCGGCGUCCUCAUCUACCACGAGCCGUUCUCGACGUACAAGCUAGUUGGGUUCAUCUUGGUGUGGCUGGCGCUCCUGCUCUUUACAGCCGAAGGCAUUUGGUCGCACCAUCGCAGCUCGAAAGCGACCAUCCAAGACCCGAGCGCAAGCUACGUGGAGAUGUCCAAGGAGACAGUGUAGCGAAGUAUAAUAUAGUGUCGUGUGGCUCGG